AGUACAGCUUUUGGGAAGAUGGAGAGACCCUCAGUUUCUAGCCUUCAGGAAAGGCAAGGGAAAUACUGAACUUCAGGUCUGUGAGUGGAGUAAAGGCUCCAUCUCUCCUCUUAUGUGUACAAGCACAUCUUCCUUCCUAUCCAGGUGACCGUAUCGCUACAUCCUUUGGCUUCUGCUGCACACAUCCCAGGAAGAGAAAUUUUUUCGCACAGGAGAUGACUGUCCAGUACAUCCAAUACAAGGGGAUAAAGUUCCCCCCUGGGUAUAACUCCGUGCACAGUCUUUGCUUCGCCGAGAACAAAUUUGAAGUGAGGGAUGACGAUAUCUUCAACGUCACUUAUCCUAAGUCUGGAACGGUGUGGAUGACAGAGAUCCUCAGCCUUAUCCUCAGUGGGGGAGAACCAACCUGGAAUCAGAGUGUUCUCAACUCUCUGCGAGCGCCUUGGUUCAGCACACAGCUGGGCCUGGAGACAGCACACAACUGCCCAUCCCCACGCCUACUCACUUGCCAUCUCCCCAUUCAGAUCUUUCCCAAAGCUUUCUUUACCUCCAAGGCCAUGCUGGUGUACACUUCACGGGACCCCCGAGACGUUGUGGUUUCCUACUACUACUUUACAAAGAUGUGUCGCACCUAUGAGGAUCCCAAAUCCUUCGGUGACUUUCUGGAGAGCUUCCUGAGUGGAGAUGUGCCUCAUGGAUCCUGGUUUGACCACAUCAAAGGCUGGAUGGAGCUGAAAGGAAGAAGCAACAUUUUCUUCAUCAGCUAUGAGGAGCUGAAGCAGAACCUGCGGGGAAGUGUGGAACAGCUCUGCCGUUUCCUAGGAAAGGAGUUGGACGAUGAGGCCGUCACCUCCGUGGUGGAGAAUGCCUCCUUUGAAGCCAUGCGGAGGAAUAAGAUGUGCAACUCUACUAUGCUGCCCAAGGAGCUCAUGGACCAGGAGAAAGGAACCUUUCUCAGAAAGGGAGUCUGUGGGGACUGGAAGAAUAAUUUCACUGUGGCCCAAUCUGAAUAUUUUAAAAGGGUUUACAAGGAGAAGAUGGAGGGACUGAAAGGAAUCUUUCCUUGGGAACAAACUGGACCUAUGAAGCACCCUUAACUUCUGGAUUGAGAUGUUCUGGGGCUAAAACCUUCCUUGACAUUAUAUCUUUCCUCAAAAUCCUAAAUCUGUAGGGGGUUUAUUGUGAUCACUCAGGGAAAAGUACUCUGCAAAUACUUAGAGGCAGUGUAUCUUAAUAUUACCUGGUAAAGUUCAUGGUGAUGAGGCAAGUUCAUAUCUUUUUAAAAUGUUAAGGCAUGGAGUGAGCAGCAUGUGAAAAGAUAAGCACAGCACAACUACAAAAAUGUAAUAAAUGAUGCCUCUCAGAGGGAUGUAAACAACACAAGGGGGAAAAGAUCUUACACAAAUGAAACAUUGGCCCUUUCUGCACAUUACAAAUAAAACAUCUUGCAGACAUUCUAAAAAGAAA